CCAAUGGCAGUAUUUUUUUUUUAGCCGUAUGAACCAACACUUUCCUAACAAAAAAAAAUACCUUUUGCUUUUUUCCUUUUAAGAAUAUCAUCAUAGUAUAGUGAUCCCAGUAUAGUGUUUCCUUUUUUUUGAGCGAACAGUAUAGUUUUUCCUGCUUUCAAAAUAAGAAUAGUAUAGUUUUAAAAUCCUUUUUAGGGAGUAUAGUUUUAAAUUUGUUUAGCACCCCCAUCGUGGGCUUCAUUGUACAGCCCGAGCCCAGCUUUGGGCUUUCCACAUUCACUUCACUACGCAUUGGUUCGCCACAUUCCGCAGACACGCACCAGCGAAGUAGGGCGAGAUGACCACCAGCCGCCGCCACCACCACCGCUGCUCGCCGACGAAGGAUCCGCUGGACGACGACGACCUCCUCGCUGAGAUCCUCCUCCGCCUCCCCCCACAGCCGUCCUCCCUCCCUCACGCCUCCCUCGUCUGCAAGUGGUGGCGCGGCCUCGUCUCCGACCCCCGAUUCCGACGCCGCUUCCGCCUCCACCACCGCCGCAACCCUCCCCUCCUCGGCUUCUUCGGCAGAGACAACGCCCUCUCCUUCGUACCUACUCUCGAGGCCCCCAAUCGCGUCCCGCCUGGCCGCUUCUCCUUGCAGCGCGGCUACGGCGACCGCUUCGUCUCCCUCGGAUGCCGCCAUGGCCUCGUACUCAUCUUCAACGUGCCGCGGAACCAAGUCCUGGUGUGGGGCCCCGUCACCGGCGACCAGCGCCGCCUUGCCAUUCCCCGGGAGGUUGCGACAUAUGCAGAGAUGGCAACGACCAAUGGGGCGGUGCUUCACGCUGCUGGAGACGUCCAGAAAUUCCAGGUGGUCUUGGUGGUGGCAGAGGUCGAGGACGAAGAACACAAGCGAGCGGUCGCCUGUAUCUACUCAUCGGAGACCGGCUUAUGGGGUGAUCCCAUCUCAGCACCGCUUCCAUCGGGUCAUGAUCCCACCUUGAUUCGUCACUCCGCUGUGCUGGCUGGGCAUUCUCUUUACUGGAUGCUUGCUUCGAUGCUUCUUGAGAAUUUUGUUGGAAUUCUCGAGUUUGAUUUGGAGAAGCACAGCCUAGCUGUGAUACAGGUGCCAGUACAUAUGCUUGAACAGAGCCAACACCGAUUCUCGAUUAUGCGGGCAGAGGGUGAUGGCCUUGGUCUACUCUUCUAUAAGGACCGCGGUUUCCAGUUAUGGAAGAGGGUGACUGAUUAUAAUGGUGUUGCUUCAUGGGGGCUGGGAAGAACUAUUGGACUGGACAAGCUUUCCAUGAAUCUAGAAGGGAAUGACAUAAUGAUACUAGGGUUCGCUGACGAAAAUAAUGUGGUGUUUGUCUGCACACGUGACAUCCGCUUUAUGGUCCAUCUUGAGUCAUCACAGUGCCAGAAACUGAUGGGAACCUAUUCUCAUUAUCAUCAUCCAUUCGAAAGUGUGUACACUGCAGGCAGUGGGCUGUAA